UACAAUAUAUUACUGGUUCUCUCACGUUACUAGGACACAGUCGCCGUGCGAGGCUUUUCCUUGGCCUUUGGAUUUUUUGUUUUAUUUCUUUUGUUUGUUUUAGUUACCAUCCUUUGUGGCGCAGACCCAGCGGCCAGCAGUUUAUUUCGAGGUAGGAGGAUAUUAUUCUGAGAACGGGAGCUAAGCUGCGCGCGGACAGUGCAGAGAGAAGUAGCGAGCCAUAGCCAUGGCUUUCACCACCAACGCUCUCCUUUCUUCUCACUUUCUUGGAAGGAAGGUCCUACUAUCGCCCCCAACCCCUAAAACAACCAAAUCGUCAGUUCCACCUCCACUUUUCUUCAAGAGGAGGCUUUUGAACACUCACUACAUAUUUAGCAGAAAGCGUGAUUCUAAACAUUCGAAUUCGAAAUCCUUACCUUCCCAAGCUUCUUUAGCUGCUCUAAUCUUCUCCUCUCUUACCCCUCAAGCUCUAGCCGCCGAUGCCGACAAUUUCAAUCCUCCUCCGGCACCUCCUGUAAUUGAGGCACAACCCACCAAACCAAACCCCUCAAAUUCUUCCCCUUUCGCUCAAAAUCUUCUUCUUACCGCGCCCAAGCCCCAAUCUCAGGCCUCUCCGGAUCUCCCUGAAGGUAGCCAAUGGCGUUACAGCGAGUUCUUAAAUGCCGUCAAGAAGGGCAAGGUCGAGAGAGUCAGGUUCAGCAAGGAUGGUUCUGCCCUUCAGCUCACCGCCGUCGAUGGCCGCCGAGCCACCGUUAUCGUACCCAAUGACCCGGACCUUAUCGAUAUUCUGGCCAUGAACGGUGUCGAUAUUUCCGUCUCCGAAGGUGAUUCGGGUAAUGGGUUGUUUAACUUCAUUGGCAAUUUGCUGUUCCCAUUCCUGGCAUUUGCUGGAUUGUUCUUACUCUUUCGCCGAGCACAAGGCGGACCUGGUGGCCCUGGUGGUCUCGGUGGACCCAUGGAUUUUGGUCGAUCAAAGUCCAAAUUCCAGGAAGUUCCGGAAACUGGUGUGACCUUCGGUGAUGUUGCUGGAGCUGACCAAGCCAAAUUGGAGUUGCAGGAGGUUGUUGAUUUCCUGAAAAACCCAGAUAAGUACACUGCCCUCGGAGCUAAGAUCCCCAAAGGAUGCCUUCUUGUCGGACCACCCGGUACUGGAAAGACCCUUUUGGCUAGAGCAGUCGCCGGCGAGGCCGGGGUGCCAUUCUUUUCUUGUGCAGCCUCAGAAUUUGUUGAAUUGUUCGUCGGUGUUGGUGCAUCUAGAGUGCGAGAUUUGUUUGACAAGGCCAAGUCCAAGGCACCAUGCAUUGUAUUUAUUGAUGAAAUUGAUGCGGUGGGAAGGCAGAGAGGGGCAGGUCUGGGAGGUGGGAAUGACGAGAGGGAGCAGACAAUCAAUCAGCUAUUGACAGAGAUGGAUGGGUUUUCUGGUAAUUCAGGUGUCAUUGUUUUGGCUGCAACAAACAGACCAGACGUUCUUGAUUCAGCAUUGUUAAGGCCUGGAAGGUUUGAUAGGCAAGUGACUGUGGACAGACCUGAUGUUGCUGGUAGAGUUAAAAUCCUUCAGGUGCAUUCCAGAGGAAAAGCACUUGCGAAGGAUGUAGACUUUGAAAAAAUUGCCAGAAGAACCCCAGGAUUCACGGGUGCUGAUCUGCAGAAUCUAAUGAACGAAGCAGCUAUUCUUGCAGCUCGGCGUGACCUCAAGGAAAUAAGCAAAGAUGAGAUAUCUGAUGCACUUGAAAGGAUCAUUGCUGGACCAGAGAAGAAAAAUGCCGUGGUCUCAGAUGAGAAGAAAAAAUUAGUAGCUUAUCAUGAGGCUGGCCACGCUCUAGUUGGUGCUUUGAUGCCUGAAUAUGACCCUGUAGCCAAAAUAUCUAUUAUUCCUCGAGGCCAAGCUGGUGGUCUCACAUUUUUCGCUCCCAGCGAAGAGAGGCUCGAGUCUGGACUGUACAGUAGAAGCUACUUGGAAAAUCAAAUGGCGGUUGCUCUGGGUGGAAGAGUUGCUGAAGAGGUAAUAUUUGGAGAGGACAACGUUACAACCGGAGCAUCAAACGACUUCAUGCAAGUCUCGAGGGUCGCGAGGCAGAUGGUUGAGAGGUUUGGGUUCAGCAAAAAGAUAGGACAAGUAGCCAUUGGAGGACCUGGUGGAAACCCAUUCUUGGGCCAACAGAUGUCAACCCAGAAAGAUUAUUCCAUGGCUACUGCGGAUGUUGUAGAUGCAGAAGUGAGGGAGCUGGUAGAGAGAGCCUAUUCGAGGGCGAAGCAAAUCAUCACAACACACAGUGACAUCCUUCACAAGCUUGCUCAGCUGCUCAUCGAGAAAGAAACUGUGGAUGGUGAAGAGUUCAUGAGUCUAUUCAUUGAUGGAAAAGCUGAAUUAUAUGUUGCAUAAUGCGUAUAUACCUAAACUCAGCCAUAUUUGUUCCAUGGCCACCAUAAGGUUAGCAGCUACAUACAUAGAGUCAAUUCAAUGUUUUUAUCAUAGUCGAGCAAAAGAAAGAAAAAAGGCCAAAAAAAAAAAACAGAUUACAUCAGCUUAUGUAAAUUGGAUUAAGACUGCGCCGCCUGUGUUUAUUCUCUUUUGAGGGUUUACAGAAUGUUAAUUCUGGGAGAUGUCUGGGAAUGUGGAAUGAGUAGGCAAGAAGAAAAACAUGACAUUUUAUCCUAGACUGCCAGACAACACUCUAGUACUUUCCUGUAGGAUUUUUUUUUUUUUUAUUUGUUUGGCGCUGUUUACUUAGAUUAUAAACUACAGUUGAUCAUUCAAGAGUAGAGAAUCAGGCUAUUUUAGUAUUUAGACAAUGCAUGUUUAUUGAAGAACUGGCAACACAUGAAACUAUCAUUUUUUAGAUACUAUUGCUAUUA